GGCGCACGCGCACGCGCAGGCGUCCGGGCACCCGGCUCAGCUGCUGCGGUUGUGGUCCGGCCCCUCCCCCGCCCCGCUCGGCCGCUCUCCGGCCGGCGCUCCGCCCCGCACCGGGACUGGGGACGCCGUGACCCCGUCCUGCGGCCAGCCCGCGCCGGAGCAUCCCGAGACCGCGCUGCGCUCCGCGUGCGGGCCAUCUGAGAACCGUGUUGAGUUCACAAGACCGCGACAUAAACAUUGAGGCCAGGGAGGAGGCGAAGGGGAUCUUGCACUCCUUUUAAAAAACUCAAACAUGGGAAAGUCUCUUUCUCAUUUACCUUUGCAUUCAAAUAAAGAAGAAGGUUACGAUGGGGUCACCUCCACAGACAGCAUGAGGAAUGGGUUGGUUAGCAGCGAAGUCCAGAAUGAAGAUGGGAGAAAUGGAGAUGUCUCUCAGUUUCCGUAUGUGGAAUUUACUGGAAGAGACAGUGUCACUUGUCCCACUUGCCAAGGAACAGGAAGAAUUCCGAGGGGGCAAGAAAACCAACUGGUGGCAUUGAUCCCAUAUAGUGAUCAGCGGUUACGGCCAAGAAGAACAAAGCUGUAUGUGAUGGCAUCUGUGUCUGUCUGCUUGCUCCUGUCUGGAUUGGCUGUGUUUUUCCUUUUUCCUCGAUCUAUUGACGUGAAGUAUAUUGGCGUAAAAUCAGCCUAUGUCAGUUACGAUUUUCAAAAGCGGACCAUAUAUUUAAAUAUCACGAACACACUAAAUAUAACAAACAAUAACUAUUACUCCGUCGAAGUUGAAAACAUCACUGCUCAAGUUCAAUUUUCAAAAACGGUUAUUGGAAAGGCACGCUUAAACAACAUAACUAACAUUGGCCCACUUGAUAUGAAGCAGAUUGAUUAUACGGUACCCACAGUUAUUGCUGAGGAAAUGAGUUACAUGUACGAUUUCUGUACACUGAUCUCCAUCAAAGUACACAACAUAGUACUCAUGAUGCAGGUAACUGUAACAACAACAUACUUUGGACACUCUGAGCAAAUAUCUCAGGAGAGGUACCAGUAUGUGGACUGCGGAAGGAACACCACUUACCAGUUGGCCCAGUCUGAGUAUCUCAAUGUGCUUCAGCCACAGCAGUGAACUCUGAGGGAGACAUGAUAGAGCAGAGGACACCCCUGAGGUGUUUUCAGAUCCGUCAGUGAGGAGGCACUGCCUAGAAGGACAUCUUGAAUUGGGCAUGUCUAAAGUUAAACUAGGCCACUGAUGGUUCAGCUGACUGAAGCUGCUUCUUAAGCAGUUGCUGGACUCUGGUUCUGGGUCGAGGAUUUGCUCGUACCAAGAGCUUUUACUUGAUCGUAAGUUAACUGAUUGGCUUUCCUCUCAUCUUUGUUCCCGAGGUGAAAAAACGGAGACUUUCUCUAAAUACAAUAAAGAAUUACACAAAAGUCAUAGACUUAAUCUGUAGCUCUAUUGGUAAUAUAGUUCAGUCAUGAACAUAAUUUGAAAAAUAACUUCUGAAAAUUUUUAUAUGAAAUUACUGAAAGUCUAUUAUUCAUGGAAGACUUUUAAAAUCUAACCUGUUUUAUAAAUUCCCAUUCUUAUAUGAUGGUAGUCUUUCGAUUAUGUGAUAACUUAGCUAUUAGCUAAAGUUUUUAGCCUUUGAUUUGUUGAAAUUCUACUCAUUUGCAUGUUUUGUCUUAUUUCUAGCUAAUGGUUGUAUAUUUACCAACCAUAACAGUCUGCAAAAUUCUGGUCUACACUUUUUAAAACCCUCUUGAUAUGUGCUUCAUAUAUGGCUUUGUGAACGUUCUGUGUGAUCAUCAGACAUACUCCUUUUAUGUGCAAUAUUGUAAAUGAACUGCAUGGCUUUUAUACAGCUUUGAUAAGUGUCAAAUGAAAUGGUACUGAUUAAGAAGUAAAGCAAGUUGUUCAAAAGAAUAAAGGAAGGAAAAUGAAAUUCAGAAAUCUAUAAAGUAUCAGUAGAUUCCAGCUACUUGUUGGGUCUGGCAUAAAAUAGAUAUUCAAUAAAACAUUUUGAUGCUUUACUUUUAUGUUGCUUUUCAUAUUAAGAAUUAUAUGGAUAUUUUUCUCAAUGAUUAGAUAUUAUCAAUUUUAUGAAUGCUUUAUGGAAGGAAAUUAUUUUCUGCUAGAAUUAUUCAAGAAAUCCUUUCAUUGAACACUGGUGGCUACAUCAAAAGACAACCUAUAGUUGGCUUGUGUAUCAUACUGAUUUGAUGCUUCUAGCAGCUGCGUAAUACUCCUUUUUCACUUUAACUUAAUCUAACAUUGUUUUCAAGUGUGAUGGAUGUGUUUGCCUUUUGGCUUACAUUUCUGUGUCAUAUUCCAUAGGUGUUUUUAUCUUACUCACUCAGAAAAUUGUAAACCCUUUUAAAAUAUAUAACACUAACCAUAGAAACGAAGUAUGAUAACAGGUUGAUGUCUUUUUGUUUCCUCGUGUGAGAAAUUGAGUUUUCUCUUUCCCAUACUCAAGUGCCUACCUUAUUUGUGUGUAGCCUACUUGUCAGUGUGGUUCUCAAGUACAAAACAUAGAUUCUGAUGAAUCUUGUCCCCUAAGCACAUUCAUAUCUCCCUUAGCUUUCAUACCACAUUCCCCAUGUGAGUGAACAUUUCAAACAUCCAUUUUUUUAUACCUUGCAUUUCUCAGGCAUUAUGAGGUUAGCAUUCUUCCUGUCAUACCCAGAUCAUCCUUUGCAUCAUUCAGUCUCUAGUCAAACCAGUCUUGGUUGGAAGUUUCCUUUUGCUGUGCUUGCUGGUCACCUCCCCAUUCAUUCUCCUUCAGUCCGCACACUGUCUGGUCACCUCCCCCACUCAUUGUCCUUCAGUCUGCACACUGUCUGGUCACCUCCCCCACUCAUUCUCCUUCAGUCUGCAUAUUGUCUAGUUGUGCUUACACUUUCCAAAUUAAACUCACAUUAUUUUCUGUAUUCUCUUAUUUUGACAUAGCCAAUGUCUGAGUCAACUGCUUUUCCUUUUUCUAAAAAUGUUUAAUCCUAUUACUUCAAAAUCACUAGUUAGACCUCCCAAGUCUUGUGUUUCUUCUUGACCAGUAACUAUGUAGUUUCAUGUUUACUCGGUUACCUUUCAUAAUUUAAUGGUUUUUCUAUGUGUAAAAACAAAUUAUAAAGAAAUCUUUUUAUGAUUCCUCUUGUGCUUUUUCCUAUCCUUCAUGCCUCAUUACAUGGUGUGCAAAAUCAUCAUUCAUUCAUUAUUUCAAAAUCAACCUUUACAUAUGCCUCAUAUAAUAAUCUGUUCCUUCUGUGUGUAUUUUAGUCUGGGAUAGCACUGUGUAAGUGAGGAAGUUUGUUUUCUCCUUCUUCUAGAGUAGGUACAGUGUGAGGCCUAAAGAGGAAGGACAGUGCAGCAAGUGGAAGCAACGUGGUUCCCAGUGACUCAGUUUCAAAAUCUUUAACUCUUUAAAUUGAAAAUUCGAUCACAUCUAGACAUCUGGGCUCAAUGUCUAAUUUUGAUGAUGUUUGAGUCAUUAAAAAAACAAACAAACAAA